CAGCUGAUCUGCACCAUGCCGAGUGAAGCUUUAGUCUCUCUUUAGUGAUAUAGUGACUUAUAAUCGCGAUGAACGUCUCGUCUCCUCUAAGAAGACGAAUCUCCUGUCUCCUGAAUCACUUCCAAUCGUCCAAAAGGACCCUCCAGGCAUCCCAAGUGCCCAAGGACGCCCAGGGGGUGAGAUGGCUGCAGCCCGCAGGAGCAGGAGCCAAGAGAAUGGAGCUGGCCCACCGCCUAGGCCUACUCCACUUCCCCGUCUGCAUAGGCGUCCAGACAGCGGAACCUCUCAAGACGGAGGACCUCCAGAGGGCGCUCUUCCAUCUUUACAACAAAAUUCAAACUCUGCGGACAUGCUUUCGAUAUCGUGACGGGGAAUUGUGGAUAUGCGAGAUGGAAGGCAGGAAGAUUGACUUCCAGGAAGUGAGUGGAGACAAUCUAAUCGAGGAAUUAACUGCUCUGAUGAGCCGUACCUACACUCAGAAUGAGGACGGACCCCUGUGGCGCGUUAGACUCAUGCGAGGGCAACUCACUCCCACACACGAAUGUCAUCCUGGGUUCCCGCACCAGUCAACCCUGCUCAUAAGCCUCCAUCACGGCAUCACCGAUGGCAAUGCUUCCUUCUACAUCUUUCUGGUGCUGCUAAAAAUCCUGGAAGAAGUCAUUGGUGGGGUUCCCAUAGAUGACGAGGAACAGGUAGGCAUCAUCGCAAACGACGAGCAGACACUCUCCUUAAAGAACGAGAUCAGGGAGUAUCUGGAAGAACAUCCUGAUGAGGUGGAAGAGUUCGCCGAGAGGAAUCUGCAGUCCGAGUUCACGCCUCUGCUGUACAAGGCGUUUGGCUUCCCACAGGACCCUAAGCCGACUACACGUUACCUGAUUAGCAGCUUGGGGGCGCCAACCCUCAGAAAAUUUCAUGAAAAGUGCAAAAACGCUGGUGUGACCUUCAACUCUGGGUUUGUGCUGGCCGUGAACACGGCCUUGGUCGAACUCGCGCGAGAGGCCGGAGUAGAUUGCGACAGCCACAGCAUCCGAAGCAGACACACCCUCAACCUCCGCCGUUACUGGGAGAAACACAAGACGUUCUCCUUCGGCUGCCACAUCGGUAGGAUGCUCCAGACGACAAUCACUCCUCCGUACGACAAGGACGCUUUCUGGGACCACGCGAGGACGCUGGACACUGAAAUGCGAGAGAAAGUGAAGACCAAACACGUUCUCAAGGAAGAGGUGGUGAGGGAGGUGAAACGUAUAGCCGAGCCUGCCUUCAAGAGAGACGCUCCAGUGCCAAUUGACUGCGACUACGCCAUCUCCAACGCGUUCAUCCCAGGGGACUUCGACGCGUGGAGGGACAACAAGCAUGUCAGGGGAGGCGGGAUGUUGUCCUUCAUUCAGAUGGAACUCACGCAGAGCAUGACGUUCCAUAUAGUGGCCAGCGUCUCUGGGGCCAUGUCGUACACCAUCAGUUACUCCACUUGGCACCUCACAGACGAAAACGCUCUCAGGUUCCUGAAGAAGGUGGAGAGUGUUGUCGAAGACUUGGCGACCUGAGUUUAAGGAAAUUUAAUAAAAUGUUAAUUCCUUGAAAAAUA